AUGCUGGAUAAUGAUUGGCUUCGCAGUUCUUCCUUGCCUGCUGACGGCCCACCUGUUGAUCGUGGCAGCGUGGGGCGGGAUGCCACUGCGGCGGCGAACAGUGGCUCCCCGCGGAGUGAAGGACAAGGACUUCUCGUGGGUGUCGGAAUCGGCAGCAUUGCCGCUUACUUGAUUUACGCGAUGUACCGCGCAAGUCAUAGGGGAGCACCGCAACUUUUUUGGGCCCCUUCAUCCGUGACGGCAUCGCAGUCAUCGCCAUCUUGCCACGCAGCGGCGCGUGACGGGGCAGCUGAUCUGGCCAAGACACCAACGCUGACGCUGGUGAAUUUUCCUAAACAACUCUGGGGAUGCUUUGAACGAUGCUUGCGACCGCUGAUCAAUGCGGAGGAGCUUUCCCUGCGGGCCGCAUGUGUUGUCUUUUUUCAUGAAGUGACUGAGGUCACACCCAACAACGUGGAGGCCGUAGUUCGCCAGGAGGUGGUUUCAGCCUUUAACCAGCUUAAGGGAGCUCCAUGUGCUGUCUAUCGUUCCGCCCUGGCGCUUGAUGGAGAGCCGGCCAGCCCGUUUUGGGGACCUGAGGAGGCGGUAACGGCGUCGCGAGGACGUGCCUUUCUUGAACGCCAUUGCAUUGGGUACACCGUCGAUGGUGGUCGAGUGGAAGUCCUCUUCCACGAUACAAAGGGAAUGGUGGGAGCUGUCGCCAAUUGUGCCGCGGCAAUGCAAACUGACCGCCACCUGGAUGACGUGGAUGAUGCGCUGCGACGUUGUUUCUGCGCGACCACACGGACCUUUUCUCCAGGUAAAGAAGAGGGAUGGGACGCCGUCGGGGCCUUUUCCUCCUCUGGGCCCGGAAAAUGCAUUGACGGUCCGUACGCUCGCUCCUUCGGGGCGCUGUGGCUGAGUCCUGUGCCGCUCUUCGCGAUGUUUGGGGCGGCGGUGCGGUACAGUCGCGCCGAGUUUGAUGGUUGGAGACGGCUUUCUGACCCAGACGCGGGUGAUGGGUCCCCCCUCUGGCUGGUAAGACGAGUGUGGCAAUGGUGGCAGGGGAGGAAACAAUCGAAGUUGGGUGUAAGCACGGGUGAGAGUAGCAAAGGGGACACCUUCACCGUGGAGAUCGAAUUUGUCCAGGAUUCGGCAUCCACCGAGACAAAUUGCAGUGAGCUCUUUGAGGAUGCCAUGAAAAGCACACGGAGGUGUUGUGGUGAUAAGGGGACGGUAAAAAUAGUUGCUUUGCCUUCUGCGUUGGGCACCAUUUUGCGCUGCUCGUUGCGUCCUGGUCUUACUGUGUUUCAGGCGCUCUGGGAGGCAUGGAGACUGACUGCGUUAGCCUCAUGCCACAAGUGCGAAGUGCAACGAUUCCGUCUCCUCGUUGCAGUUAGUCCCCCAGCGUUGUCUAUUUCGGACGCCACGGUUGGCGGCGAACAUGCGUCGCAUCCACAAGUUCAGGUUUUUCCACUGUCACGGGAAGAGAUGGGGUCAACUUCUCCGUCUUUUUUCUCCUCCGCACAGUACUUUCGUCUGCUGAAAGACGGUCGUUGUGUGGAGGCGGCGGAGGCGUUUCGACGCAUUCAGGAGGGGGAUGUGCAUCAGCUCUGCUAUGUUGUCGCGGAAUACGUGGCGGGGGAUUUCGAGUGUGAUUCGGAAGGGCGUACAUGA